CCUUUUGAAUCCUGCAUGCAGGAGGUGUAUCCAGCUCAGUUUGAAUAUCUGAAUGUGAUCAAAGAUGCUUUUCUCUCCGGCCUGUGGCUUUGUCCUUUUCUUUCUUCUGAAUAUUGCAGAUUCUGGACGGAUUCUGUCAAAGAUUAAUCAGCAUUACCGUGAUCUCCAGGCUCGGAAACACAAAGAGUUUUUCCUGACGCUCCUUGCUAGCAAAAGUAAACCUCUUCAACAUGUGACGGAGGGCCGGGUUCACCAGCCGCUGGACCACUUCAAUCGACAAAAUGUCAAGACCUUUACUCAGAGGUUCUUCAUAAACGAGGCGUAUUGGCAGCGGCCCGAUGGUCCAGUGUUUCUCUUCAUUGGUGGAGAAGGUCCCAUUUAUAACUUUGAUGUUCUUGCAGGUCAUCAUGUUGACAUGGCUAAAGAGCACAGGGCUCUGCUGCUGGCUGUGGAGCACCGUUUCUAUGGCGACAGCAUCAAUCCUGAUGGCCUAAAAACAGAGAACCUGGCAGACCUGAGCAGCCAGCAGGCACUUGCUGACUUGGCUGUAUUUCAUCAGUACAUCAGUCAGAGCUUCAAUCUCAGCAGCAGAAACACCUGGAUCAGCUUUGGAGGCUCAUACUCAGGAUCUCUAUCCGCCUGGUUUAGAGGAAAGUUUCCAAAUCUGGUGUAUGGAGCUGUGGCUUCCUCUGCUCCUGUGAAGGCAAAGCUGGAUUUUUCUGAGUAUAGCAACGUUGUCGGCUUGGGCCUGAUGAAUGAGGCUGUUGGCGGCUCAGAGAAGUGUCUGGCUAAAGUGCGGGAGGCAUUCGUUCUUGUCGAAGCAACGCUGCUGGAUGGAAAUUUCACCAAGGUGGCCGGAGACUUCGGCUGCUGUCAGACUCCCAAAAAUCCUGAUGAUCAGAUGGAGUUGAUGCAAAACUUGGCUGACAUCAUCAUGGGAAGUGUGCAGUACAACGAAGAAGGAGUGUUGAUGUCGAUAAAGGAGCUGUGUGGUGUUAUGACCGAAACAAGUGAGGAGAAGGAGGCAGAGAUGGAGGCUUACAACCGCCUUGUGAAACUCUCACAGAUGUACCACAACACCUCUGAUGAAUCGUGUCUGGACGUUUCUCACGAGGAAACGGUAAAGAACCUGAUGGACACGUCUCACAAGAGCAGAAGAAGAGCAGAGAGACAGUGGACUUACCAGACCUGCACUGAAUUUGGCUUCUAUCAGACCUGUGAAGACACUACCUGUCCGUUCUCUGGGAUGGUAACCCUACAGGCUCAGACUAAGAUCUGUACCAAGGUGUUUGGUAUUUCCCAGCAUUCUUUGCCUUCACGCAUCGCCUUCACAAACAGUUACUACGGAGGGGACAACCCCAACACCUACAGGGUCCUGUAUGUUAAUGGUGGAGUGGACCCAUGGAAGGAGCUGUCAGUGGUUCAGGACAGCAGUGAGGAAUCUCAGACAGUUUUCAUUAAGGACACGGCACACUGUGCCGACAUGUCGAAGGAAAGACUAACAGACCGCCACUCACUCAGGAAGGGGAGGCAGGAAAUUGAGAAUCAUGUCGCCCGCUGGUUGAAGACAGCCGCCCUGGAGAAGAUGACAAAACCAGGAGCAUAAUUGUGAUCAGUGAUAUUAAAGCCAGAUCAGCUCUUAUCAUUGUUUUCUGAAACUGAGAGAAUCUGACUGCUUUCCUCCAUUUCCUCCUGUUGUGUCCAUAAUAAUCUCAGCUCUGCAGCCAGCCUCUGUGCUUGUGUGAUUUGGAUGCUGCCGUUAGCAUUUUAUGAUAUUAAAAAUAUAUAUUUUUGUGUGGUUUCUACAAGAUUCACUUGCUGCUGUUACACUAUUUCAUCACUAGGGUGUGGUGUUGCAACUUUGUAAGAAAACUCCUCUGAAAAACACCCAAUAUUAAAGUUUGGAACCGUUAAUCUGCUGUUUGUGUUUAAUGCAGUAAGCCCGUCAUGGUGGAACAUUUUGGUCAGAUUUGUUUCGUUUUUCUCCAUAAGAAAAAAUAAAAACUGAAAAUAAA